UCAAGAUGAGCCGCGGAUCGGGCGCGGGCUACGACCGCCACAUCACCAUCUUCUCCCCCGAGGGCCGCCUCUACCAAGUCGAGUACGCGUUCAAGGCGGUCAAGUCGGCGGGGGUCACCUCGAUCGGCGUCCGCGGCAAGGACUCCGUCUGCGUCGUCACCCAGAAGAAAGUCCCGGACAAGUUGCUGGAUGACACCAGCAUCACGCACCUGUUCUCCAUUACCAAGUACACCGGCUUGCUUGCCACUGGCCUCACAGGUUUGGUCACUGCGAUCAGCAUCAAGGGGAUCUUCGACCGCUACCAGCAGGCCAUUGGGACCAGCCUGUGGAUCGAGCAGUAUGAGGAGUUCCCUUGUCCUGGUCCUAUACUGCAUUUUGACUCCUAUGUUUCUGUGCGCAUGCUCAAGUGUGAAGUGUGA